ACUCUCCACUUACUCAAAUACAUUUGUGUAUUUUUUCUGCUCUCUCGGAUAUUUAAUUACACAUUCAGCUUUGCUUUUGUGCUACUCAGUAUCUCACAGUUGUUAUUUAAUAAGCUAACGAUGUGCAAUAAUUCUCAAGUUAGAUUUUACAAGGCGAAUUACUCAUUGUUGUGAAGAUAUAGAUAUUUGAGUUAAUAAGAAACGCAAAUAAAAUUAUUGUGAUGUUAUUGAGUUUUUCCAGAUUCCUUACACUACUCCUGCUCAGUUCGUCCACAACCUCCUACAUCCUUCAUUGCACCUUCCGUAUGAGUGGCUGGUGGGAUGGUCCAAUGUUCUACGAAUGUGAAGACACAGUCACAAUCAUUAAGUCCAAAGACGAGCGAAAAAUCACAGAACUUAACGGAACUCACCUUAGAGGACGAACCAACGACGAUGUCUUGUCAUUUUAUGCUUACCGCAUGAACAUCGCUUGCUUCCCAAAGGGACUUGACACUUAUUUUAAGAAUAUUCAAUAUUUGGGAAUUGUGAAUGCAAAGCUUAAGGAAAUCCAUCAAGAAGAUCUGAAGCCAUUUUUUAAACUUAAAGUUUUGUACCUCGACAGCAACGACCUUGAAGUUUUAGAAGAGAAUUUAUUCGAAUUUAACACAAAUUUGGAGGUUAUAAACAUCAAUAGCAAUAAAAUUAAGUUCGUCGAUGUCAGCGUCUUCCGGAAUUUAUUCAAGUUAAAUUAUUUGUGGUUCGACUACAACAAUUGCUACUCAAAUAAAGUCAGCAAUGACUUCAGAGGGGUUCGGAAAAUGAUUAACGAAAUUAAUGAAAAUUGCUUCGUCAACAACAUUUUGUCAGAUUUUAGGAAGUUCCAGGAAAAGGAAUUGACAAGUUUGAAAGCUGAAAUUGAAAUUUUGAGGGUAGAAAAUGCAAAAUUGAGGGAUGAAAACACAGAAUUGAAGAUAAAUGAGGCAAAAUGUUUAAAUUUGAGGGAAAAUUUAGGAAAAUGUGAAAAAGAAAAAGAAAAUUGUGAAAAUGAAAAUGGAGUUUGUGUUAAAGAUUUAAAGAACUUUGCUGAUUUGACAAUAUCAAGAAUAAAAUGUGAAAAUUAA